AUGGCAGAUGAAAUGACUCUGAGAGCCGAAGUGAAAGACAAAGGGAGAGCAAACGCUGCCGAGGAGAGCUCUACGUGGGCGAGAGGAGAAAGGAUUCAAAGUGAGGCUCACGGCAGCGUCUGGAGACUCGGUGCCACUGCAAACACAGAGCCUGGGGAGACCAGAAGAGACACUCAGCAACCCAGAGAGUGUGACAGCCCUUCUUCCCCACUAUUCUCUUUGAAAAUGUACCUGAGGAGGUCUUCCUCUGCAGCAUCCUCCACCAGACAAUCUCUUUCUUCUUCUUCAUCUCAGCAGAGCAACAUGGAAGUUGACUGUGCAGGAAUUAUUCUCGACUGUCUCUUCUGCCGACUCUACAACAUGGUCCUCUUGCUACCUGACUCCUGUGAGAGACUUGUCAAUCAAUGCUGCCCCAACUACAAACAAGUCGUCACCGCGUUAGAGUCGACACCAGAUGAUAACGACUCCCAGGUGGACUUGGACUGUGGUCUGUGUGGUUGCUGUCACGAUGCAGGGGACUGCAUAGAGUUGGCCAUGGAGAUUUCUGAGAUAUGCUACCACUAG